AUGUAUGGAUCUUGUUUGUGUAGUUUUGUGGUGGAGAAGAACAGUUUGAAGAUAACUUCACCUGAGAAUCUAAGAGAUACAUAUGAAUGUGCAAUUGGUAAUUUUGGUGUUCCUCGAUAUGGAGGAACAUUAAGCGGCGUAGUUCUAUAUCCAAAAACCGAUCAAACUGCUUGCAACAACUUCACUGAUGAUUUGAUAACAAAAAAACCCGGUAGCAUCCCGGUUUUUCUUCUUGCAGAUCGCGGUGAUUGUUACUUCACGUUCAAGGCAUGGAAUGCACAAAACGCAGGAGCUUCAGCUAUUCUAGUUGCAGAUGACAGACCUGAACACUUGAUCACCAUGGAUUUACCCAAAGAAGAAGAAGGAGCUGAUUACGUACAAAACAUACAAUCCCUUCAGUACUCAUAA